AUGACAACAGCAUCGUACAAUGCUCGACCUAGUAGUAGCCUGGAUGGCUUUAUCCUACGGCGAUUACAAGGAUCCGCCGCAAGACGAUGGAGUAUUUGCGAAGAAUCCUUGAAAAGCAGUAGUACCAAAGCCACCGAAGACAGCAGCAUCAGUACAUGGGGUGGUGAUAGUGAUCGAAGUCAACUGUGUGUCUCCUUUCAAGAAGAGCCCAGUGUACUGCUGAUUCCAUCCAUUGCCGAAGAAGACAAGGAUGCCCUGUUUUACAGUCAAGACGACCAAGACGACCUGAUGGACGAUGCCGAAAUGGUGGCCACGGGAUGGUCCAGUGGUCCGGAAGAUACCGAUCGUGGUCUGGAACGAUUCUCUACCGAGGGACGUAAAGUCAGUCAAGAACAACGACACAACGUUAUUUCCGCUGUAUUGGAAGAACAACGACGACUUCAAGAAGAGAGUUUUGUCUUUGGCGUCGAUCAACAAAAAGUACUGGCCAAAGUGUCUCGACGACUAUCGGCGGAUUGCCAAGACAUGGCCUACCGACGAGCCUACCAAGAUGAAUUGGACAGUGUGCCACGACAGACAACCACAAAACAGCCAGUGCCACAACAACAAAAGCCAGGGCUGCUCUCACGAGUCUCCACCAUGAUUCUCAUGAACUCCUCCUCACACCACAACAAGGGGUACAACCGCUAG